UUUUUUCCCCUUAUUUUGCUGAUACCUUGUGUGUUGUGCGAAAGGUAUGUGAAAGUUUUGAAAACUAGAAUCUCUGUUUGCAAAUUAAACUUUAUUCCUCCAUCAAGUGGGGGAAAGAAGCCGGCUAAAAUUUACGCAACGACUUCCGCACGCAUCAAAACACACUUCCUAAGGAAUGAGAAGAACGUGUGUAAUUAGAUCUUCACCGGGUUUUUAGAGAUAUAUGUCCUGAACAACUGGAUGCAGCAGAAAUUACCUCUGACUAAUGCAUCAAGGAUUUCCCUUUGUUAGUAGACAUACACCAGUGUAUUAAACAUGUAUAAUAGCACAAUCGUACACUGUUUUUUCAGCAUUUACAUAAUUUUGACGAGUUAGCGCAAACAAUCGCACUGUUUUCACGAGUACUAUGAAAUUAGUAAAACCACGGAGAUUGCAGGUGAUACAGUGAAAACAGACGGAGAUAUAUAGCCCCGGAGAGUCUAAACAUUCUGUAGACGUAUGUAGUAUGGAAGAGGGCAAUUAAGUUUGUGCCCUCAACCACAUAAAUAUGGCGAAUUAUUGAGCCAUACCCUCUUCAUUUGAUAUUUCACGAAGCUCUUUCAAGCAAAAUCAGAGUAUAUAACCCAGUGCUUACAUGAAGAUGUCUAAAGAUAAGUAAAAUCGCUAAAGGGUCUGCAUUGAAAAGCAACAUUGACGUAAGAGGUCAGAUGAACAACAAGCAUAACGAGAGCCCGAAGCGAAGUUAUUUUCAAACACACUCUUAAAAGUUAUCUCUUUGAGAUCUCAAACGUGACACUUCAACCCUGAGUUUAAGGAAAGAACGACUGCUGUCAAAAAUGAUUAUCACAGUUAAAAGAAAAUUCUCCGAGAUGAUUGGGAUUUUACUCACAAACGGAUCCCGACCAUUUCCUAUUUGCAUAGACAGCGUGGUUGUUUACAAUCGCACAUCCUUGGAAUUAAAUGUCUCAGCGAUAAACAUUGAUCUAAUUUAAGGGUCUAAACUACCAAUAUGAAAAGCGAUGACACACUCUGCAGACUCAAAAAUAUCAAAAAUUGUUCCCGGUACGAAAUAAAUGUUGCUUUCAGCCAUUGAUGUUAAAAGAAUGUCGGGUGAAAUUCCGGACUAAAAUGACUUAAAAACAAAAAAAAAAGAAUUGAGUUUAGAAUUCCUUACAUUUCAGUACAAAAAAAUAAUCUUAAUAAUGGAAGGAGGAAUAAGUUAAGAUAACCAGAGGAAAUGGGAAACUUGACUUCAGUUCAACUACUUAAAUUAGCCAGAAUUAAUUUUUCCCCUGAUAAUAGCACUAUUGAAGAUUGAUCAGUUUCAAUAUAGUUAUGAAAUCAUCUGUUAUGGUUUUCUCAGUUCAAAUCAAAAGUCAUUAUUUUACUGAGUUAGCGCCUUGAAUAAAUGUGGUGGGAUAUUGGUAAAGUAAAUUAAGCCUGCAUAUUUAUCUGUUUAUCACCACUGCGAAAUGAACACCUGUCUGCAGAACUUAAAACUGUUUGCUUUAUCAGUAGAAAGGAAAGCCAAAACGGACUUGUUGAAUUGGAAUUAUGUUGGAAGUACCAGAGGCAAACCUUUUUCAUGGAUGCAGCAUGUGCACUAAGCACAUCUGCCUUUUUCAUCAAUGUAUAUUUGUUUAAAUUUUCAAGUCUCAAUUAAAAAGCAAUUAACAUUUCUGAGUUCUUAAUGGACUUAUGAACUCUCCUUAUCUCAGAAAGCAUCUAUAAAAUUCUCUUUUUUUCCUUUGUGCACCAGCUAAUAGAAUUCUUUACGGUUUUGAAAAUAUUGAGAUACAAAACAUUGACUGUUCCAACCAGAAAUGGUGAUUAUGCCAGCCGACUGAUUGCAGAUACUGUAUUUUUGUUGCUUAUUCACUUUGCCAUUUACUGCUCUGUUAAUAAGCUACAAAGUAAAAGUUUUCUUUACUGGGCAUAAUUAUCAUUAGUUUCUAACUUUUUGCUCCAGCUUUAGGGGUUAAGGGUUAGAGUAGGCAUGAAAAAAUGAAGCGACCAAAAAAAUCGUAUGUUUUAUGGAUCAAAACCGUUGGAAAACUUGCGUUAUGUUGGGAGAGCCAGUUUUGAGUACAAGUUCGAGCAAAAUGUUAUGCAGGCAGGAUUUGCAUUUCUUGAGGCUGGGUCAGUGAGAUCAAAGAACACAACAAACAUCCUCAUCAAGAACGUUCUAGACGUAUUUAUUGGUGCAGUGGCUUAUUGGUUGUUCGGUUACGCUUUUGCCUUUGGAGGAAAAAGCAAUGGCUUUAUUGGACAUGAGUAUUUCGCGCUGGCAAAUUUACCAGCUGACAAAUACUCUCAUUGGUUUUUCCAUUUCGUUUUCGCGGCCACAGCAGCAACAAUUGUCAGUGGUGCCAUGGCAGAGAGAACUGAAUUUAAAGCCUAUCUUAUUUACUCAAUGUUUUUGACCGGAUUUUUGUACCCAGUAGUCACUCACUGGGCUUGGGAUGGAAAUGGUUGGCUGUACAAGGGUGCGGAGUACACUGACGGCAAUGUAACCUUAUCUGUAACAUACCAGGACUUUGCUGGAAGUGGGGUUGUCCACGCAGUGGGUGGAAUGGUUGCUCUGGUCGGUGCAGCUGUCGUGGGGCCCAGAAUCGGACGUUUUGAUGGUGGUGCACCAGUGCUUCUGGCAGGACAUACUGUACCGAAAGCAGCUCUGGGAGGAUUCAUCCUGUUCUUUGGUUUCCUGGCAUUCAAUGGUGGCUCCCAAGCAGCCAUCGCUAAUGAAGGCGAUGCUGAUGCUGUAGCAUUAUCCAUAGUCAACACCAUCCUCGGAGGAGCCGCAGGUGCUCUUACUGCCAUGAUUGUCAAACGCCUGGGCUUUGCAGAAAAGUACUGGAGUUUGCUUUUCACCAUUAAUGGCGGACUAACUGGAAUGGUUGCAAUGUGCGCAGGUUGUAAUGCCGUUCAUCCCUAUGCUGCUUUGAUCAUUGGAGUCAUCGCAGGAUUGGCGUACGUGGCUUGGAGUACUUCCAUGCUGCGGCUAAAAGUUGAUGACCCUUUAGAUGCUGUGGCUGUUCAUCUUGGUGGUGGCCUGUGGGGCGUACUUUCUGUCCCCAUCUUUAACAAGGAAUCUGGAAUAUUUGUAAAAGGAAACAAGCUUGCAUUCCGUGCGUUUGGCUGGAACUUGCUGGGUGUACUCGUCAUCAUAGCCUGGUCUGCAGCGUGGGCUAUCAUUUUAUUCUUUGCUUUGCAUCUCCUCAAACAACUUCGCGUCAGUGAAGAAAUCGAGUUGAAAGGUCUCGAUAUUCCCAAACAUGGUGAGCCCGCAUACCCACUGUCCAGUUACGGAGAUGGAUGGUCAGAAUCUCCAUCAGCGCCUCGACACAAUUUCCCGUAUUACCAAACGAAUGGCGCUCCCCAGACUGAGGAAGUCAGACCUAAUCAGGAAGGUGGUGUUCAUAAUCCCGCCGUUGUCAACGACAAAGACACUCAGUUUUGAUGUUGAUCACGGAAAUAUUGAAGUGCAAGGCUUUCGUUAACAAUUUCGCAGCUUCUAAAUUCAAGUGCCAUAUUUCGGUGGCAAAUAAGAAUCCACUCAAAAUUUUCGACUAUCAUCCAGGUGAUAUAUCUUCACUGCAGUGCAUUUAAUCUGUGAAACAUAUUUUCACGGGCCACUUGAUCAUUGGUAUCAAGAUAAAUUCUAAUAAAUUCGAUAAAUAUCAGCAGACUGAAAAUAGUAGUCGUUCGUAUAACAUUCAUCACUCGCUGUAACUUCUCUGGUGACUUUAUAUUGAGACAAAACUUAUAGUUAUGCAUUGUCGACCUAUGUCGGAGAAAUGGAUAGACUUUAAGAGCUUUUAGAGUACGAGGAGGUUAUUUGGCCCGACGAAUGAAAAUAAUUGUUUAAAAGAAUCUGUUUCUAGGUUUAGGUAAAGAACGCUAGGAGACGUUUUUCAACUAUACGCUUUUUGCACAGAAAUACAAUUUAACCGAUUAAAUUACAAUAGCUCAGUCUUUCCCUGUUGUGCAGAUGCAUAGCUCGGUAUGCACGAGGAUGUACGAUUCCUUUAUUUCAUCAACUUCUGAAUUUCUUGUAUACUUGCAUUAAGAAUAAAACGUUUCUAAACAGCACAGGA